UUUUUUCCAAAACAAAACAAAAAGAAAUGUCUCAGCCCGCAAGCGAUGUCCGCGUGCCGGAUGAGGAGAGCGAUCUGCUGCAAAUCAAGCCGCUUGGUGCCGGCCAGGAGGUGGGACGUUCCUGCAUCAUGCUGGAGUUUAAGGGAAAGAAGAUCAUGCUCGACUGCGGCAUACAUCCUGGUUUGUCCGGCAUGGAUGCACUGCCCUAUGUGGAUCUGAUUGAGGCGGACGAGAUCGAUCUACUCUUCAUUUCACACUUCCAUUUGGAUCACUGUGGCGCCUUGCCCUGGUUCCUGAUGAAGACCAGCUUUAAGGGUCGCUGCUUCAUGACGCACGCCACCAAGGCCAUUUACCGCUGGAUGCUCUCGGAUUACAUCAAAAUCAGCAACAUAUCCACGGAGCAGAUGCUCUACACAGAGGCGGACCUCGAGGCUUCGAUGGAGAAAAUCGAAACGAUUAACUUUCACGAGGAGCGCGAUGUCAUGGGCGUUCGUUUUUGUGCCUACAAUGCGGGCCAUGUGCUGGGCGCGGCCAUGUUUAUGAUUGAAAUCGCAGGCAUCAAAAUCCUGUACACAGGCGACUUUUCACGCCAGGAGGAUCGCCACUUAAUGGCGGCAGAGGUGCCGCCAAUGAAGCCAGAUGUGCUGAUUACAGAGUCCACCUACGGCACGCACGUGCACGAGAAGCGUGAGGAUCGCGAGAAUCGUUUUACAUCGCUGGUGCAGAAGACCGUGCUGCAGGGAGGUCGCUGCCUCAUACCCGUCUUCGCGCUGGGCCGUGCCCAGGAGCUGCUGUUGAUUUUGGAUGAGUUUUGGUCCCAGAAUCCCGAACUGCACGAGAUACCCAUCUACUAUGCCUCUUCGCUGGCCAAAAAGUGCAUGGCCGUCUAUCAGACGUACAUCAAUGCGAUGAACGACCGCAUCAGGCGGCAGAUAGCCGUCAACAAUCCAUUUGUCUUUCGGCACAUUUCCAACCUGAAGAGCAUCGAUCACUUUGAGGACAUUGGACCGUGUGUGAUCAUGGCAACGCCCGGCAUGAUGCAGUCGGGGCUGUCGCGCGAGCUCUUCGAGAGUUGGUGCACAGAUCCCAAGAACGGAGUCAUCAUUGCCGGCUACUGUGUGGAGGGUACACUGGCAAAGACCAUACUCUCGGAGCCGGAGGAGAUUACCACGCUCUCGGGGCAGAAGCUGCCGCUCAACAUGUCCGUCGAUUACAUCUCGUUCUCGGCGCACACGGACUACCAGCAGACGAGCGAAUUUAUACGCCUGCUGCGGCCCACCCAUGUGGUGCUCGUCCAUGGCGAACAGAACGAAAUGUCACGCCUGAUGCUGGCCCUGCAGCGCGAGUACGAGGCGGAUGCCAGCACGGACAUCAAGUUCUACAAUCCCCGCAACACACAUGCCGUUGAUCUGUACUUCCGUGGCGAGAAGACGGCCAAAGUGAUGGGCAAUCUGGCAGCCAAGAGCCCCGAAGUGGGCGGCAAACUCUCCGGCGUGCUGGUCAAGCGUGACUUUAAGUAUCAUCUGUUGGCACCCUCCGAUCUGGGCAAGUACACGGACAUGAGCAUGUCGGUGGUGACGCAGCGCCAGUCCAUACCCUGGGGCAGUUCCCUGAGCACUCUGGAGCUGCUGCUCGAUCGCAUUGGCGCUGGCUGUGUGGAGGUGGUGGAACCCGAGCGCAAGCUGCGCGUUUUUACCUGCAUUGAGCUGACUGUCGAGCAGAAGAUCAUCAUCAUGGAGUGGCAGGCAACGCAUGUGAACGAUGUCUAUGCCGAUGCGGUGCUCGCGUGCAUUAUGCAGUCCGAGCUGGGCGGCACAAGCCUCAAAGGCGCCACCAAGCAAACCAAAUCGGAGAACUCACGCUUCCGCGAAUGCCUCAUCGAGACGCUGCAGGAUACCUUCGGCGAUAGCUGUGUGCCAAAGAUGUUCAAGGGCGAUCUGCUGCCAGUGACUGUGAGCGGGAAACGUGCGGAAAUUAAUCUGGAGACGCUGGCUGUUAAUUGUGCCGAGGAUGACAUCCUCCGCCAAAUGCUCAACACAACUGUCCACAAGUUGCACCAGACACUGGUCUCCGCCCACUGAUUGAUUCCCAUUCCCAUUCCUAAACGAAUAAAUGUGUGAAUGUGCGACUG